AUGCCGCGAGAUCUUGUUACUGAACUUAAAGAAGACCAUCGUGUAAUAAAAAACCUUUGGGAAGUGUUUAGUAGAUCUAGAGGUAACGAAGAGAAACAAGCCGUUGCUAACACUAUCAUUCGUGAAGUCUCUAUUCACGCUGCAUGUGAAGAAUUAAGUGUUUAUCCACUUCUUGAAAAACAUUUUGGUAAACAUAUCGCCGAAGAAUCACGUCAAGAACAUCUCGAAGUUAAAAAAGAAUUGAAAACUUUAGAUUCUAUGAAAGUUGGUGAAGCUGGAUUUAUUACUCUUCUUGAAAAAACGUUGAAGGAAUUUAUUGUCCACUCUGAAAAAGAAGAAUUAGAAAUACUUCCUAAAUUCCAAGAAAAAGUUACUGAAGAUGAACUUUUAAAAUUAGGAAAAAAAUUUGUUGAAGAUCGUCAAACUGCUCCCACUCAUCCCCAUCCGGAAUUUCCUCUUGAGCCAGAAGAAGAAGCUAAAGUCGCCCACCGUGCAGCUCGAAAAGACAAGAAAAUUGAUGAGUCCCGAAUGUUUAUCGAGACCGGUAGAAUUUAUGUUUAA